CGAGCGUUCGAACGAUAAAGACUUCAGUGUUGAAUAGUGAGUAAUCCGUAGCAGGUAGUUGAAAUAGUGACAUCAUGGAUAGCGGACCCUACGGAGAGGGUCCCGACGAUGACCGUGAACAAAUACAAUUAGGUCCGUGCAUAGGAAACGCAUUGCGUAUAUGUUAUGAAGAAGAUAUGGAAACUGAAUCAAACGCUAAUUUAAAUAAAUUAAAUAGUGAUGUUACACCUAAAGGAACAAUCAAUUCAGUGCAAGAAAGUGACGUUGUAUCAAACAACGAAAUGAAAACAAUAACAAAUCUAGAAACGACUCGAGGGAAAAAUAGUGCUAGUGAAAAUCUCACAGGGGACAAACCUUCCCAAGAAACUAUUAAUAAUAAUGAGGUAAUUAAUAUUAAUGAAAAUUUAAAAAACCAACGAUAA